AUGGCUGGAAAAGUAGAUACAACAUCUCGUGUUUGCUCGGACAGUUUCGAGGAUUGGGAGAAGAAAUGGAAUGGAGAAAUCGAGGCUAUGACAAACAAAAUAGAUGCAUCAUCUCAUAUCUACUUGAACCAGCUCGACAAAUGGGCAACAGAUGUGCAUACACAACUCGACGGUCUAAUUGAAUUAUUAUCUAACAAUUAG